AUGACCCCAUUUAUUCCUCUAAUGGAUGCUACAACACAGGAAGUUGCAAGGCCACCAGAUAAUGCUAAUUCCGGGUCAAGCCCAUCUACAGAACAAAAUCCAUCAAUUGUAUCAUCACAAGCAAACAUUCGAGGUUUAUUCUAUGGAAGAUUAAAUAUGGAAAAAAAAGCAAAGAAUACACAAAGUAUAACAAUACAUCGAUAUGAUGAAAUUAUAUCCAAAUUAAAAGGUUUUAAGACAGGUGUUAAGCGUUCGACACCUGAUGAUUAUAAUAUUUAUGGACGAUUUGAAUUAUACAUGGUUGAGAAUGUGGAACAACUAAUGAAAAAAAGACGUCCAGAUGAACAAGAUAUUAAAAUUCUUGGCCUUUUUUUGUCACAGCGUCACGCACCGACAAACGGUUCUAAAAAUUCGGCAGGUGUUAAGCGUUCGACACCUGAUGAUUAUAAUAUUGAUGGCCGAUUUGAAUUAUACAUGGUUGGGAAUGUUGAACAAUUAAUGAAAAAAAGACGUCCAGAUGAACAAGAUAUUAAAAUUCUUGUACAUGAUGAACAAUUAUUUGAUUGUAUCAAUGAUGAACAUUGUGGAUUUGGUCAUGAUGGGAGAACACGCACACUCAAAGAAAUUCAAAAGAAGUAUUCUAAUAUAACAAAACAACAAGUCGAGAUAUAUUUAUCAGUUUGUGAAAUAUGUCAACGAAACGUUGAUUUAAUUGAUUUUCAGUCAAAGCCUGAUGGUGAAUAUAAAUUUUUGAUGAAUUAUCAAGAUCAUUUUAGUAAAUUUACUGUAUUUCGACCAUUGAAAAACAAAACAGCAGUAAAAGUUGAACGUGAAUUGGUUAAUAUCUUUUCUCUUUUUGGUGCACCAACAAUUCUCCAAUCAGAUAAUGGUCGUGAGUUUGUAAAUCAUAUAACUGAUUCACUUGCUGAACUUUGGCCUGGCUUAAAAAUAGUUCACGGGAAACCGCGUCAUCCCCAAAGUCAAGGAAGUGUGGAAAAAUGUAACCAUGAUAUUGAAACCAAAUUAACGAUGUGUAUGCAAGAACAUCGAAGUGCAAAAUGGACUGAAGGAGUACCAAUAGCUAUGUAUCAGAAAAAUACAUUAUUUCAUUCACGUCUUAAAAUGACAUCUUAUGAAGCAUUUUUUGGCCGAGCUGCAAGUCUUGGCUUAAGUGAUUCUGUUAUACCACAUCUCUUACCACAACACCUCAAAGAUGAUGAUACAAAUGAAAAUUGUCCCGUCGAAGUUGGUGAUAAUCAACCAUCAUCCGGUAUAACAACAAAUCCAUCAUUAACUGUACAAGCAAAUUCAAUUGAUAAAACUAAUAUAUGUUGCAUAUGUGAAAUAGAGAUUAUAUUUUCAAAAGUGCAUUGUUCGGAGUGUGAUGCAUCAUGCCACACUGGGUGUACAACAACAGCCAAUUUAAAGCACUUGUGCGUUAGGUGUCAUCAUAAAGUAGCCAGUGAAUCAAUACGUUCAGUUGUUGAUGCAAAUCAAGAAGCAUCUGCUGCUAAAAUGAUUGGUGAUAGUGAUCGUCAUUUGCCACUUGUUACACUCGGCGACAAUGUCAGAGUUCCAGUGCCAUUAAUGGAUAGAUCUCGUGCUGAUCCACCAAAUGUUCUAGGUUUGAUUAUCAAAGAAAUCAAUGGAAUGUAUAAGGUGAAACAAUUAACCGUCUCUAUGCUCAUAAUCAGUUUGAGAAAUAUGAUCAAAAAUAAAUCUGUUCUUGGUGGACAAAAAAAUUCUUAA